UAACACCAGUCCACCACCAUUCCCCGACAGCUUUCCUUUCACGGCUUUGUGACGUGCCCCUUUCAUGGCCGCUAGAUACCAGUUCAUAAUCCUAAGUCGUCAAAUACGGUUGUCGAUACUUGAGACUGUGUCGAGUCUUCAACUGUAGAAGAAAUCGAGGAGACUUACUGCUUUGAAGAGGACGACGAAAUAGGACAUAUUACCAGUGACCAAAUCGCUGACAAUUCCUCCACGAGUAGACAUUGGGCCUACAUGACAACGCUGCGAAACCUGUACCGUCACCGGACACAAACACCGAUGCCGUUUUCUUGUACAGACGGAAGAGUGACUAGAAUUCACUAAUAUCGCCCACUGUCAUUGGGAAGGACGAGGCAGUGUCCAAAACUCGUGCCCUCCCCUCAUUUUCAUGGACACGACGGGAAGUACUGACCAUUGCUAUGAAUUCGUGUCUCCAGCGGAAAUUACCGAGAAAAUUUUGGAGGGAUUGCCGUCAGUGAUGCUGCCAGCAGAUAAGCCCGCGACCCAAGUACUUGGACUCACGUGCGCCUUUUACCACACAGCAUAAUGGGCAACCGUGGCAACUGGUAUCAACAAAAUCUGUCCACAGCGGCACCGGCUGCACUCAGAAUGGCCGAGAAAGCAGCGCCAACAACAGCCACCACGGGCCGCAAUUGUCAGCGGGAAUCUGCCAACUUCAUCACCGCAGCAUUCCCGGACAACAACAGGGUUUUCACGCAUCACGGCCGAGCCUCUAUGGACGGCACGGGGUGGGAGGGCCCCCCAGCGAGGGCCAACACCACACUGUCCUCGACGACCCGUAGUUGUUGGACCGUGAACGGUAUUCACCGUAACUCCCCACAAAGGAGAAGUUGGCCUAGCCAAUCGCGACAGUCAACUACAACACCAGGAGCUUGGCAGCAGACAACAUUUCACCGAAACACCAAAGUCCAUACCCGCCAAGUCCAGUCGCAGACCCCUCACCACCAUGUCGCCGCACUGGGCCUGCGCAGAUCCAAAACAUGCGCAGAGUUCGCGUUUACCCGACGAACCACAGCUCAGACUCAUCAAUCCACGGCUGACGGCUCAUUCAGUACCCUCCCAAAAGUGCACAGCACGCGAGAAGGGACUGUAUUCUUCACGUCUGCUAACGGACUCGCCGACAGAGCCUCAGCUCUGAAGAGUCUGGCGAGCAAUCCACAUCUUCAGGUUGAAACAUUAAAUGGAACCACCAGGAUUUUCAGAACAGCAGACCGGCGUCCAAGGUCGCUUCCAGCUAAAUUUUCAAAUUCCCCUUUCGGCGAGAAUACUCUAACGCCGGACCUCCCCGAACCGCAGAAAGUACUGUACGUCUCCAAGCACGGCUACCAUCCGCGAAGCAAAUCACCGACAUACCCCAUUCUGAUUGGUACAAAGGACACACUGAAUUUAGCCUUGUGCAAGAAACUGUGGAGAAUCAGGCGAGAUUUGGAGGGUCGUAAGGCGCGUGAAAACUCGGUAGUUUACAGCGAAAUCUCGCAAGCGUUGAUAGACGAGAAGGACACAGAACAGUGGUACGAAAAGAUGUUUGACGAGCACGAACAGGAUGACGAAGAGGAGGAGGACCAGGAUAUGGUGGCUAUUGAGAGUCUGCGAUUGGCUAAUCCUGACGGCGAGUUUGCGCAGUCAGACGAGUCCAUCAGCACCGCUCACCCUCGUCCCCACAUGGAUCUUCUCUUCGACAAGAAGUACCUGAGGGAACACAUAAACGACUGGAGUAUCCUUGGGAUCAACAUCGAGGAGGAGGAACGCAGAUCUGAGCAGAGGCUGAAAACUGCACCUGUAGCGAGGCCAACAUCUGCGGAGAGGAAAGCCAGGGUCUCCAUCCAAAUGUCAACCGUAAAGGCAAAAGUUUCUCAUCGACAAACCAUUGCGGUGAACAGGGACUCAAAACCAGCCAGAGCAAGAGGCGAGCACCGGGCAACCAGGCUGCCUGCUGUGCCCACCACUGGCCGUGUGUUUCACGCGAGAGCCAAUGGGAAGAAGAGGGGUACGAGAAAGAUGACGAAGAAGCCAAACCUUGCCCAACAUAGUGACGAAGAAGUCUUGCCAGAUCUUACGAACGGGGAGGGGGACACGCGGACCCCUUCACCAACGUUUGAGUUCCCUCUCGAGACUCCAGAGGACUUAGAACUGGCCGAUAUGGAUCGACGGAAGAGCUUAGUUUCUAAGUAUCUGCAUUCCACCAAGCUAAGUGAGAGUUCUCCAACUCCCAAAGAGACUGAGGAUGUACCUGCGGAGGACGCCGAUCAGGCAAAAACUCCAGAGGAGGAAAUCCAGGAGGAAAAGCCCAAGGAACUCACGGAAAAGGAGAAAUUCAUUCUUAUGCGGAAGAGGAUGGAUGAGCGCAAAGCAAAGAUGCAGAAACGCAGGGAGGACUUUUUAGACUACUCCAUGCUUGGGAUAAGGUCACAGAGACGGCGCAAUGCUGGUGACCCCGGAGCGCCGUCCGGAAGCAAAAACAGUCUGGGCAGUCUGAUGUCGACGAGGUUAGAGUCCAUGGCAACGUUUAAGGCGCGUGUGUACCAAGGGGAAGAAGUUGACGAAGACGAUGAAGAAGAUGAAGAUGAGAACGCAGAGGAAGACGAAGAAGAGUCUGGGGAGGAUGACAGCUGAUUACAAACUGAAAU